UAGGGGCAGCCUAAACAGGGGCUAAGCUACAGCUGCAGAAGCACGAGAACUCAGUGAGGAGGUGAGACCUGUGGAGGGACCUCGGUGAGGAGAGAGGACAGAGAAGGGACAGGCUCUGAUGAGAGUGAGGGAUGAGACAGAGGAAGGAAGAAGGGAUAAGGACACACACACAGGACAGAGGAGAGUGAUGCCAGGAUGGAGGCACAGAGUGGGGACACGGGGGCCAGGGGGUGUCAUGGAGUAGAUGAGACACAGAGCCAAUGGAUAAGGGUACAAAGAGGAUGGGGCUUGAGGGAGAGGAGAUAGAACAAAGAGUAGGAGGACAGAAUGAGGGAAGACAGGAUACAAGGUGAGGGGGAUGGGGUCACAGUGGGUGAGAAGGGCACCCAGAGCAGGGAGGAAGGGAUGAGACCCCUGGGUGAGGGAAGAAGGAGGCAGUGGGGAGGGUAAUGGUGAUGUGAUAGAAGGAGCACAUACAGGAAGACUAAUUUCUCACCUCUUGUUCUCUGUCCCCAGCAAACCCAGCCCUCCAUCCUGACUGUUCCCCUGAGAGAGAUGGCAGCAGCCAGAGCAGGAUUCAGCCCUCUGCUCCUGCUCCUGCUGCUGGGCCUGUGGCUAGCUGAGGUCCCAGUCAGUGCCAAGCCCAGCAACAUGACCGCAGCUCAGUGGUUUGCAACUCAGCACGUGCAGCCCAAACCCCAGGGACGCGACACUGCAAUGAACAACAUCAACAAAUACACGAAACGCUUCAAAGACUUCAACACCUUCCUGCAUGAAUCCUUCUCCAGUGUGGCCACCACCUGUCAGACCCCCACCAUAGCCUGCAAGAAUGGCCGUAAAAACUGCCACCAGAGCCAAAGGCCUGUGUCUCUGAGCACAUGUAAGCUCACCUCGGGGAAGUAUCCAAACUGCAAGUACAAAAAGAAGCAACUGGUCGCUUCUUACAUUGUAGCCUGUGACGCUCCCCAGGCAGGAGGCUCUGGGAAAUUCAAGCUGGUCCCUGUGCACUUGGACUAG